ACCACUAAGAUAGCGUUUAUAACGAUUUUCUACCGUCACGGUGCGCGACAGAGGCCACUUCUGGAUAAGACGAUACAAUAAGAAUUAGAAAUUUUUGAAUUCAUAUUAUGGGGGACGUCGUUGACUGUAAUUUUCCCGUAUGGGGACUUUUACCUAAGAAAGAAACUGGAGUUAGUCAGUAUCUCAUUAAAUAUCCGGAGUACGAUGGUAGGGGUACCGUUAUUGCUAUCUUCGAUUCUGGAGUCGACCCUGGUGCUCCUGGACUACAGGUGACGAGUAAUGGAAAACCAAAGAUUAUAGCCCGGUUUGACUGCAGUGGGAAUGGAGACGUGGAUACCAGCACAAUUGUACACUCAGAGGAGGGAUACAUUAUUGGACUCACCGGUCGCAAGCUCAAACUGCCAUUCAACUGGAAAAAUCCAUCUGGUGAAUACCAUAUCGGUGUUAAAGAGGCUUACCCCCUUUAUCCAGCGAAAUUGCGUGAAAAAAUAAUAGCCGAACGGAAAAAAAAGUAUUGGGACGAUGGCCACAAAGCAGCACUUGCGGAAGCCACCCGAAAGUUUCAGGAAUUUGAGGCGAAAAAUCCUAAUCCAACUAGUGUCCAGGAUAAAUUAACAAGGGAGGAAUUGGAGGCCCGUGUUGAAGUGCUCCAAAAUGGUGAGAAGAGGUAUCAUGAUGCGGGGCCUACUUACGAUUGUGUUGUCUACCACGAUGGUGACAAUUGGAGAGCGUGUAUUGAUACAUCUGAGGAAGGAAACCUUGAGGCUGGAAUUCAUCUAGGAGAGUACUACCUCACUCAGAAUUAUGCUCCUCUCACUCAGCAAGAUCAGUUGAACAUCUCAGUAAAUAUUCAUAACAACGGAAACAUUCUUGAAAUUGUUGGAGUAUGCGCAAGCCACGGGACGCACGUGGCGUCAAUAGCAGCCGCCAACUUUCCCGAAAACAAAGAGCUGAAUGGCAUUGCCCCUGGAGCUCAAAUAAUCUCCUUGACAAUCGGCGAUAACCGCAUCGACCCCAUGGAAACUGGAACUGGUCUCGUUCGAGCAAUGGUUUGGAUAAUGAAAAACAACAAAAAAGUGGACGUUAUAAACAUGAGCUACGGUGAGCAAUCCCACUGGUCCAACACAGGAAGAAUCAUCGAGCUGAUGAAUGAAGUUGUCGAUAAAUACGGAGUCACCUGGGUCGCAGCAGCUGGGAAUUUUGGUCCAGCUUUAUGCACAAUUGGCACUCCACCAGACAUCAAUACCAUGAACAUAAUAAGUGUGGGUGCAUAUGUAUCUCCAGAUAUGAUGGUAGCCGAAUAUUCUCUCCGUGAAAAAAUGCCAGGUAUGCCGUAUACGUGGUCCUCACGAGGACCAAUGAUAGACGGUGGUACUGGGGUGACUGUGUGUGCACCUGGUGGAGCCAUAACAAGUGUUCCAAACUUUACUCUUCGUCAGAGUCAACUUAUGAAUGGUACCAGUAUGGCCAGUCCACACGUUGCUGGUGCAAUUGCCCUCCUUAUCUGUGGCUUACGCGACAAAGCCUGUCCUUUCUCACCUUUCAGCAUUAAACGAGCUCUCGAAAAUUCGGCGCUAUAUAUAGAAUCAUUGGACUCAUUUGCCCAGGGUUCUGGUCUACUUCAGGUAGAACGUGCUUUUGAGAAUCUAGUGGCGAACUGUCAGGCAAUCGAGAGAGACGUACGAUUUUCCAUAAACUGUGGAAGCAAUAACUCAAAAGGUAUUCAUCUCAGAACUGGAGUUAUUGACCGACCAAAGGACUGUGCCGUAACAGUUGAGCCAAUCUUCCUUGACACUGAGAAUGUUGAUGCAUCUCGAAAAAUCAAUUUCAAUCUCAGACUGUCAUUAGUUUGUGAUGCAUCCUGGGUGCAAUUUCCAUCGCAUUUUGAAUUGAUGCACAUGUCUCGAGCUUUUACUGUGAGAAUAGACGCUGUCAAACUGAAUGACGGUGUACAUGCCACUAAUAUUCGGGCCUACGAUGUCACCAAUGUUGAAAAAGGACCAGUGUUUACUAUUCCUGUUACUGUUGUGCAACCCCUGACAAUUCCAAAAACAAUGAAUUUACCGGACUUGCAUUACAAUCACGUUUUGUUCAAACCAAAUACUAUUAAUCGCCACUUCAUUUUCGUACCGGAGGACGCGACGUGGGCUGUUAUCAAGCUCAAAAGCCACGACAAAGAAAAGACUGGGAGGUUUGCCAUACAAGCUGUGCAGUUGAAGCCACGAAUGGCAUCCCGAACCCUGCAAAUUAAUAAAAUGAUAAACAUUACUUCACAGUCUGAGACUGUGCAAGGAUUUGCCGUUCAGGGGGGUUUGAUUCUCGAAGUUGUUGUUGCCAAGUAUUGGGCCAAUCUCGGGGAAAUUUAUAUUGAUUAUUCGAUUGAAUUUCAUGGAAUCCAUGUAAUCGAUGGGAAUGUUACAAUGCAAUCAGGCGAUGGAAUCCAUCGAAUGGAGCUUCGCAGUUCUCUCAGGAAUGAGGAAAUUGUACCGAGUGUAACAUUGAAAUCACUUGUUCAGGUUUUACGGCCUAUCGAGUCGAAAAUAGUGCCACUAGGUGAGAGGGAUAUUAUUCCACCAGCACGUCAAAUUUACGAACUGCAGUUGACGUAUACAUUCCACAUUGCUAAGGCAACCGAAGUUACACCAAAUGCUGCUUUCCUCAGUGAUCUUCUUUAUGAGAGUGAAUAUGAAAGCCAGCUGUGGAUGCUUUAUGACUCGAAUAAACAGCUUUUGCACUGUGGAGAUGCUUUCCCAUGGAAGUACACCAUUAAGAAGUUGGAGAAGGGAGAUUACACCCUGAGGAUGCAUAUUAGGCAUGAGAAGAAGGAUUUAUUGGAAAAACUUACAGAUAUGGCGAUUCUAUUGAAUCAAAAGCUGGGAAAUGUCAUUAAUUUGGAUGUUUAUGCCAAUCACUCACAGGCGAUCAUUUCGGGGAAGAAGAUGGUCGCUGCUACUGUACCCCCGGGACAUAUUCUUCCGGUCUAUAUUGCUCCAAUGAAUAAUGAAAAUAACAGCUCAGAAUGCAAGAUAUCAAAGGGAGCAACACUGGGAACCUACCUCCAGGGCUCAGUGACAUUUUGCAAAGACGAGGCGCGGAAGAAAAUUGACUGUUACACCUUCAAAUACGUUCUAUCUGAGGCAGCUAAAAAAGUACCACAAGUGGUUAAGUCGGAUGAUGAAAAGGUCAGCAAAUGGGACGAGUAUCAGGAUACACUGAGAGAUAUGAAAUGCACAUGGCUGGCAAAAUUAGAGGCGACUGAACACGCAACAGCUUUGUACAAUGAGCUCCGUACUACUUAUCCUGAGCAUUUACCCGUCCACACUGCCAUGUUGACGUCCCUAGACUCCCCAGAAGCUAGACGGAUACUUCCCCACGAUGAUCUCAGCGAAAGUGCAAUAAGCUUUUCCGAUCAAAUAAUCGACGUUGCUGACAAAGUUAUUUCUGCAAUCGAUCAAGAAAAAUUAUUAGCAUUCUACGGUAUGAAACACGAUCAGAGGCCAGAUGCUUCGAAAAUCAAAUCAACGAUGGACAAACAAAAGAAUCUAUUGAUCGAGGCACUCGUGAAAAAAGGCUGUGCUUAUUCAAGAUUAUAUAUUCAUACUCGUAAGAGAGGUGAAACUGAAGCUGCUAUGCAUCUGUCUACGGUAACGCAAAUUUGGAAUGAUGUACAAAAAUACACUGAAGCCACAGAUAACAAGGUUCUGAUCCUGUCCUUGUGGCACGCGCACAUUAACAAACACUAUGGACGUUACCUGAAACUCUUAGGACGUUAUUACGAAGACAAACCACUCAGGGAUAUUGACGAAAAAUUCGUUGAAAUCACGAAAACUAUUGGCUGGGAUCAUUGGGCAAAGCACAUCAGUGGAAGUAUACCAACGCGUCAUUCUAAGACAUACAGGCCAUUUUGAAAUGUGAUUCAAUAAUCUAUGUCAUUCAUAUUUUCUAAAAAAAAAACUAACAUUAAUCUGGGUAAGAAGGAUAUACGUUUUGCUGAAGUGAAACUGCUUUUUUCACAAGGCCGAUAACAAAAGAAAAUUGUUUUCUAUUAUUUUCAAAUGCACGAUGCGCGGUUGUAUAAUUUAUAAUGAAUUUACUUGUCUUUUUAAUUAUAUUUAACAAUUUCGAUGAAAUUCAUCAGAGAAGAACUCGUACAGUGCUUCCUUCCCUAAAAUGAUCUCCACUGUGUUAUAAAACAACACCUGAAGAGGUUCCACUUCAACAAUUACGCAAGAUUGAUAGGUGCGAGGAACACAAGAUCCUGAAGAACUCCAAUCGCUGUGUGUGUCAAGUAGAUUUGAAUUAUCUCAUAUUUUUUAAAGCCUGUUCAUCUACGGUUAGUUUGCCUUCAGUAAAACGUGUGCAAUUGUCCUUAUCAAUUGCUCUUAAAGUAUCAUGAACAUUGCAAUGAUUCUCGAAUGAUCCUGUGAAGUUUAACUCGUGAAAAAUAAAUUUUGUAAACAAUUUUAACACAUUAAUACUGAUCACCAUUUUUGGGGUGGAACAUCUUCACACAAUUGCUUAAAAGAUGUAACCCUCAUAAAAUUGAAUUAAUAAUUAUCCUGGAUUAUUUUUAUGAAAAUGACUGAUUCGAGGAGCAUCAAAACAAUCGUCAAAUAAAAAUGAAAACUUUGA